AUGGACGCUGGACCCUCGUCAGAUGACUUGAGUUUGGACGAGCUUGAACUGGACGAUGACCUGGAUGACGAUGAGGAGACUGGCUUGACACGUACAGAACGCAAGAGUCGGCGAAGAAGGAAGAGGAGAAACACUCACCUCGACCAUCGAAUCGCUAGGGAUGGAGGCACGCAGCAAGCCGAAGACAAGGUAGUCAUGUCUAGCAUGCUGCGCACCACAGUAAUCAACAGCCUUCUAAUCGCUCUCUGGUACUCUUUCAGCAUAUCAAUAUCAGUUUACAACAAAUGGAUGUUCUCGAAAGAGAACUUGGACUUCCACUAUCCACUUUUCACCACCAGCCUCCAUAUGAUAGUGCAAUUCGUCCUCGCCGCAGCAGUACUCUUCUUCGUCCCAGCCUUCCGACCAAGGCGCGAAGAUGGGAGCGAUGGGCUCAAACGACCAGAUCCUUCACAACCUAAACCACAACCUUUAAUGACGAAAUGGUUCUACUUCUCCCGCAUUGGUCCAUGCGGCACAGCUACGGCUCUAGACAUUGGUCUUGGAAACUUCAGCCUACGAUUCAUUUCCCUAACCUUCUAUACGAUGUGCAAGUCGAGCGUCCUGGCGUUCGUGCUCGUCUUCGCCUUCCUCUUCCGGCUCGAGACCCCAACCUGGAAGCUCUGUGCCAUCAUUCUCGUUAUGACAGCCGGAGUGGUCAUGAUGGUAGCUGGCGAGACCGCGUUCAACGUAGCGGGCUUUGCGUUGGUGAUGAGUGCAAGUUUCUGCAGUGGGUUUCGGUGGAGCAUGACUCAGAUUCUGCUGCUGAGAAAUCGAGCCACGAGCAAUCCUUUCAGCAGUAUUUUCUUCGUCAGCCCGGUCAUGUUCGUGGUGCUCUUUGUGCUUGCAUUGCCCAUAGAAGGGCCGGCUGGCAUCAUUGAGGGCAUGCGACAACUGGGCGAAGCCAAAGGCUGGCUUAUGGGGACGCUUAUCAUGCUGUUUCCAGGCUGUCUGGCAUUCUUGAUGGUCGCAGCGGAGUUCACAUUGCUCAAACGCACGAGCGUGGUAACGCUAUCUGUAUGCGGGAUCUUCAAAGAGGUCCUGACCAUUAGUGCAGCAUCCGCGGUAUUCGGCGACAGCCUGUCCCCGAUCAAUAUUUCUGGUCUGGUGGUUACGAUAGCAUCGAUCGCAGCGUACAACUACCUCAAGUACAGCAAUAUGGCCAAGAAAGCCAGGAAGGAGGUUCACGAGGCUCUUGCAGACGACGAGGUCCCGCUACGGAAUUCGCAGGAGCAGCAUGACGAGGUCAAUGGCGCACGCGAGAGUACCGAUGUUUUGAUGCGUGACAGCUUAAGCCUAGUCGCAGACACGGAUGAGUAUGCGCAAGGCAGUGAUGGGAGGACUAUAGUAAAUGGUGACCAGGAUGGAGGUAUACAUAAAGGACCUUGA